CACAAAUACCAAAUUCAGCAGAGCAUAGAAAGCUCCGCCGUGACGCCAGUCUCCCAGUCCACCUGCGCCACCGCACUCCCUCCACCGCGCCGGCGGCCGGAAAUUCCCAAAACGCCCCUGCCAAAGAAGCCAACCCAACCAUCGAAUCAUAUGCGAAGCCCAUUAUGGCACUCUAUAAAUACUCCUGCCAUCAUUUUCCAAUCACUCCAUCUCUCUCUCACUCCGAAAAACCUCGCGAAUUCUAGAGAGAGAGAGUUCACUCACGCUGUUUCCGCCUCCAGAAUUCGAAUCAGCAGUUUGAGGACAAGGGCGAUGCCUUCUGGCGGGGAGAAUGGUGCCCUAACGAAUUUCAAAUUGAACGAGAAGACGUUUCUUGCUUCACUCAUGCCGAAGAAAGAGAUUGCCGCUGACCGCUUCGUUGAAGCUCACCCUGACUACGACGGCCGCGGCGCCAUUAUUGCGAUUUUUGAUUCCGGCGUGGACCCUGCCGCCGCUGGGUUGACGGUGACUUCAGAUGGGAAGCCGAAGGUUUUGGAUGUCAUUGAUUGCACUGGGAGUGGAGAUAUAGACACAUCAACUAUUGUUAAGGCAGAUGAUAAUGGCUGCAUUCAAGGGACUUCAGGAAAUAGUUUGAUCGUUAAUUCUUCGUGGAAGAAUCCAUCUGGAGAAUGGCAUGUUGGGUCAAAAUUGAUUUACGAACUGUUCACGCAAACCUUGACAGAUCGCUUGAAGAAAGAGAGGAAGAAAGUUUGGGACGAGAAGAAUCAGGAAGCCAUAGCCGAGGCUGUAAAGCAGCUUGAUGAAUUUGACACGAAGCACACAAAGGUCGAUGAUGUGAACUUGAAAAGGAAUCGUGAAGAUCUCCAAAAUAAAGUUGAUCUUCUGCGCAAACAUGCGGAUAACUAUGAAGAUAAAGGACCGGUUAUCGACGCUUUUGUAUGGCAUGAUGGAGAAGUUUGGAGGGCGGCGCUUGAUACACAAGGACUUGAGAAUGAACCGGGAUGUGGGAAGCUUGCCGACUUUGUUCCUCUUACUAAUUAUAGGAUUGAAAGGAAGUAUGGCGUCUUCAGCAAGUUAGAUGCAUGUACAGUCGUCCUUAAUAUAUACAACGAAGGCAACGUUUUGAGCAUUGUUACAGACAGUUCUCCUCAUGGUACUCAUGUCGCUGCUAUCACAUCUGCUUUCCAUGAAAAGGAUUCUGUCCUAAAUGGAGUUGCCCCCGGAGCUCAGUUGAUAUCAUGCAAAAUCGGAGAUUCACGAUUAGGUUCAAUGGAAACUGGAACAGGCUUGGUUCGAGCUUUGAUUGCAGCCGUCGAGCACAAAUGCGACCUUAUCAAUAUGAGUUACGGGGAAGCUACUUUGUUUCCAGAUUAUGGUCGCUUCGUUGAUUUGGUAAACGAGGUAGUCAACAAGCAUCGAAUAACAUUUAUCAGCAGCGCCGGAAACGAGGGACCUGCACUGAGCACUUUGGGUGCACCAGGCGGUACAACGUCAAGCAUAAUCGGAAUCGGAGCAUACGUCUCUCAAGCAAUGGCUGCAGGAGCCCACAACUUAGUUGAAGCACCUCCCGAAGGCCUCGAGUACACCUGGUCUAGCAGAGGUCCGACGGCUGACGGUGAUCUUGGAGUUACGAUAAGCGCUGCUGGUGGCGCCAUGGCUCCUGUUCCGACGUGGACGCUUCAACAUCGUAUGUUUAUGAAUGGAACUUCAAUGUCGUCCCCCUGUGCUUGCGGAGGGGCUGCGCUUCUUAUUAGUGCAAUGAAGGCUGAAGGGAUUUCUGUGAGUCCUUAUAUUAUUCGGGAGGCUCUUGAGAAUACGACUGUUCCUGUUGGUGGUUCUCCCGAAGAUAAACUAUCUUCCGGGCACGGGCUAAUGCAAGUCGACAAGGCCUAUGAGUACAUUCAAAAGAUUCGUGACGUCCCGCCUGUUAGGUAUCAAAUAAAGAUCACUCGAUCUGGAAAAGCAACGCCUACUUCACGAGGCAUCUAUCUCAGGGAGUCUUCUUUGUGUCAACAAUCAUCCGAGUGGACGGUUAAAGUCGAACCAAAGUUUCACGAUGAUGCAAGUAACUUAGAUCAAAUUGUUCCUUUCGAAGAAUGUGUUAAGUUACAUUCUACUGGAGAAUCUGUGGUCAAAGCUCCUGAGUUUCUUCUCUUAACACAUAAUGGCCGCGAGUUCAACAUAAUUGUAAAUCCCAGCACUCUCGGCGCCGGUUUACAUUAUUACGAAGUGUAUGCAUUAGAUUCGAAAUGUCCUUGGCGAGGUCCUCUCUUUCGAAUUCCUAUUACUGUCACAAAGCCUCAACCUGUGACAAGUGAUCCACCAGUUGCUGUAUUCAGAUCGAUGCCUUUUGUCCCGGGCCACAUCGAACGCAGAUUCGUUCAAGUACCGAUUGGCGCCACCUGGGUCGAGUUGACCGUGAGAGCAUCCGGUUUCAGUUCAGCUCGAAGAUUUUUCAUAGACUCUGUUCAGCUCUCUCCCCUCAAAAGACCCGAGAAAUGGGAAAAGGUUGUCAUAUUUUCUUCUCCGUCGUCCAAAAACUUCGCCUUUUCUGUCGAGGGUGGAAGGACCAUGGAACUUGUGAUCGCGCAGUUUUGGUCGAGUGGCGUUGGAAGCCACGAGACAACCAGCGUCGAUGCUGAGAUAGCAUUUCACGGCGUUAUUGCCAACAAAGAGGAGAUUAUACUCGACGGUAGCGAAGCUCCUGUACGUAUCGAUGCUGAGGCUCUCGUCUCGUUGGAAAGGCUCGCCCCUGCAGCUGUACUAAACAAGGUCAGAAUUCCAUAUCGUCCUGUCGACGCUAAACUCAGCACGCUUUCAGGAUCCCGGGACAGACUACCCUCCGGCAAACAGACUAUGGCCCUCAUAUUAACAUACAAGUUCAAACUUGAAGAGGGCGCCGAAGUACAACCGUAUCUUCCCUUGUUGAACAAUCGGAUAUAUGAUAAUAAGUUCGAGGCGCAAUUUUAUAUGAUUUCAGACACGAACAAGCGUGUAUAUGCAACGGGUGAUGUUUAUCCAAAAGCUGCCACACUUCCAAAGGGUGACUACACUUUACAGCUUUACUUAAGGCAUGACAAUGUGCAGUGUUUGGAGAAGAUGAAACAGUUGGUGUUAUUCAUCGAGAAAACCUUGGAUAGCAAGGACUCCGUUCGAUUGAGCUUCUAUUCGCAACCUGACGGCCCAGUGAUCGGUAAUGGAAGCUUCAGUUCUUCGGUUUUGAUUCCGGGGUCCAAGGAAGCAUUUUAUGUUGGCCCUCCGUCGAAAGAUAAGCUCCCAAAGGGGAUUGCUGCUGGCUCUGUAUUGGUCGGGUCGAUUUCGUAUGGAAGAGUUUCCUUCGAGGUUAACGAUGAGGGAAAGAAUCCCGAAAAGAACCCCGCAUUUUAUAGCAUUUCGUAUAUAGUUCCGCCAGCUCAGAUUGAUGAGGACAAAGGUAAAGACACUUCUUCUAGUUGCGCCAAAACGGUCUUGGAACAGAUUAACGAGGAGGUCCGAGAUGCCAAAAUUCGGGUCUUGUCGAGCCUAAAAUUAAGCACCGAAGAGGAACGUUCGGAUUGGAAAAAGUUGUCGGACUCUCUUAAGUCGGAAUAUCCAAAAUACACUCCAUUGCUCGCAAAAAUAUUGGAAGGUUUGGUAUCUCAGAACAAUGUCGAAGACAAAACUCGCCACUACGAGGAGAUUAUCAUUGCUGCAGAUGAAGUUAUCAAAAGUGUCGAUACAGAUGAGUUGGCGAAAUAUUUUGCGCUCAAAUACGACCCCGAAGACGAGGGCGCAGAAAAGCUGAAGAAGAAAAUGGAUGCCACUCGCGACCAAUUCACCGAAGCUUUAUAUCAAAAAGGGUUGGCUUUAGCUGAAAUCAAAUCAUUGAAGGGUGAAAAAGUGGAAGAAAAGGAGGGUACGGAAGCGACAUCAGAUUCUAGCGCGGUCGAGAAAGAUCCGUUCGAAGAAAAUUUCAAAGAACUUAAAAAAUGGGUGGAUGUGAAAUCCGCGCGAUACGGAACCCUCUUUGUAAUACGCGAGAGGCGUAAAGGGCGUUUUGGUACCGCGCUAAAGGUUCUGACGGACAUGAUCCAAGACGACGGGCAGCCUCCUAAGAAGAAAUUCUACGAGCUGAAGCUUUCAUUGCUGGAGCGAAUCGGGUGGCGCCAUCUGGUGGCGCGCGAGAAGGAAUGGAUGAACGUCCGGUUCCCGGCGAAGCUACCGCUUUUCUGAGAUCGGUUUCUGUAAGAACACUGCCGUGGUUUCAUGCUUCAUUUCUUCCUUAAAAGAUUAACAGAACGACGAUGAAGCUGUUAUAAUUUAAAUGAAUCUUGUCGGAUUUUUAUUAAUUUUGAUUUCAUGGUUAAAGUUCUACUUUUUAAAAUCCAA